AUGUACCAGACACUCUUCUUCAGGUGUAUGUCACAAGGAGAAUGUGAAGAAGCAAGAGAACUAAUGUAUUCAGGUUUACUGUUCUUCAGUCAUAACCAGCAAAACAGUGCUGCUGAACAGUCCAUGCUGGUUUUGGAGUCUUUGGAGAAGUCAGAUGCAAAAGUAGCAGAAGACCUUUCAGAAAACUUGGCUAAGUUGUUUAGUUUAAUGGAUCCAAAUUCUCCUGAAAGAGCGGCUUUCAUAUCCAGAGCACUAAAAUGGUCCAGUGGGGGAUCAGGAAUACUUGGACAUCCAAAACUAUACCAGUUACCAGCUAUUACCUUGUGGAAAGAGCAAAACUGUAGUGAAUCUCAGUAUCACUUCUUGCACUCAACAGAUGGUCAGGGCUGCAAUAUGCUGGUGGAAUCCUUGUCCCGCAGAUACCGCAAUGAGGUGGACAUGUUUGUAGCUCAGGCAAUACUACAAUUUCUCUGCUUAAAAAAUAAGACCAGUGCAUCAAUUGUUUUUACAACAUACACACAGAAACAUCCUUUGAUAGAGAAGGGUUCACCCUUUGUGCAACCACUGCUAAACUUCAUCUGGUUUCUGUUGUUGCCAGUUGAUGGAGGAAAACUAACAGUAUGUACAGUAUUGUGUGAACAACAUCACCCUCUGCUGAAAAGAGUCCUGUAUAAUGAGUACCUAGAUAGAAUAGGACAACUUUUCUUUGGAGUUAUGCCCAAGCAGGCCUCAUCCUAUGGCAGAUUGCUAGGAAAUCUUUUAAACAGUCUGAUGGGAACUGGGGAACAUAAUUACACACAAGAUGGUCAGGAAGACAGCAGUCCUAUUGAGCUUGACUGAAUGUUGGGUGCUGUGUAAAUCUGAUGAUUCAAUGACUCUGAAGACACUUUUGGAAUUUGAAUCCUGCAGUUGUUUCUUGGCUCCUAAAAGAGCUCCUCUGGUCUUUUAGAAAUGAUUGCUGGAA